AUGAAUACAGUGAAAUGCUUGAUUACUACAGCAGCCAGCAAAGGUUGGGAUUUGUUCCAACUUGAUGUAAAUAAUGCGUUUUUACAUGGAUAUUUGAAAGAAGAAGUCUAUAUGAAGGUUCCCGAGGAUUUGAUAAUCCUGUCUAAAAAUGAUUAUAGUCUCUUCAUCAAGAGAAGAAAUGAUCUGAUUUGUGUGGCAGCAGUCUAUGUGGAUGAUAUCAUCCUUACAGGAACUAAUUUUGAAGCUAUGGAGUGUCUUAAGACUGAACUGCAUAACUUGUUCAGCAUCAAAGACCUAGGAAAAUUUAAUUAUUUUCUGGGAAUUGAGGUUGUCUAUUCCGAUGCUGGCAUUCUGUUAAGUCAGAAAAAGUUUACAAGGGAGUUAAUUCAUGAUUGUUGUUUGCCCUUGAAGAAUAGAGUUGUCACACCUCUUCCUCUUGGUUUAAAAUUACAGCAACAACAACCUUAUACCUCACAUUUACAGGCUCUCAUACACACUCUGAGUUAUGUAGCUCAGACAGAAGGUCAAGGCAUCUUGCUCAAAGCUUUGCCGGAAAUCUCUUUACAUGCCUUUUCUGAUUCAGAUUGGGCAAGCUGUGCAGACACCAGGAAAUCUAUUACUGGUUAUGUAUUGCUUCUUGGCAAAUCACCAAUUGCUUGGAAAUCCAAGAAACAAAGUCUGGUGUCUAAAUCAUCUGUUGAGGCAGAAUAUUGA